AUGUCGACUUUCUUUGCGCCCGUCUCCGAUUUGCAGCCAAACAAGAGUCUGAUUCUCCAGCUCUUUUCUGACAUCGCGAACCAUUUUAAUGACAUUUGGGAUUUUAAAUACUCCAACAUGUACAACAGAUACAUUCCCCCACCAAAACCAAAGGCGUCGCGCCCAUCUGACAUACCUGUGCGACCACCGCCCGUCUACCGAGAUUCAGAGCCAGAGCCACUGCCGCAAUGGUCGGAAUAUGCAGAGCCUGCCCCGGUGCCAGUACAGACGUCGUCAUGGCUUCAACCAUACGCCAAGCGCAUCGACGCUACAGCACAGCCAACCAAGAUUGUAUUCGGCGAUGACGAGCCCCCAGCUCCCAGCGCGCCAAGCUCGGGCCCAGUAGACGACACACCCAAAGUGGCUACCGAAGAGGAGGAAAAGACACCCAAGAAGUCAAAGAGCAAAAAGAACAAAAAGUCCAAGGGCGACGAGGGGUGGGUAGAGGAAAAGCCCAAGAAGCGGAGGAGGGUAGAGGAGGAAGAGCAAGAAGACAAAGAGGAGGGCACUCCAACUGUCGCCGAGGAAGCGGAGUCAGCCGAGAAUAUCGCCGACGAAGAACAACAAGACAAGCGGAAACCAAAACGAGAAAAGAAGAAGAAGAAGCCAAAAGCCGAGGAACCAGAAGAAGACGAUGAUGCGGUUCGGAGCAGGCAUAAAUCCGUGUUUGAGAAGGUCGCAAAAGCUCUCCAGGCGCAGGCUCCUGAAGAUGACGAGGACAAGAUGGAUGUCGAUGGUGCCGAGCCAGAGCAAGAGGAGGAGCCAGUCGUGGAGCACGGCCUCGAGCCGAUCCCUCAGCCAGCACCAGUCGCUUUUGACGAGUCGAAAUUGACGUACGAGACAUUGCCGCAAUGGAUUGCCUCGCCAAUUCGAGUUACAGAAAGUACGACGAAAUCGUUUGAGGAGUUGAAGAUUGCUGCCGAGCCAGCCAAGGUUCUUCAGUCCAAGGGGUUCAAGGAGGCUUUCGCGGUGCAGACUGCCGUGUUACCGUUACUGUUGCCAAAUCCCGACAGACAAGGAGAUGUGGUGGUGGCUGCUCCUACUGGUUCUGGAAAGACGUUGUCAUAUGUUUUGCCGAUGAUUCAGGACAUUAGCUAUGGCCGGAUCACGAAUCUCAGAGCGUUGAUUGUGCUGCCGACUAGAGAUCUUGUUCAGCAGGUACAGCAAACGUGUGAGGCAUGCGCUGCUGCUUUUGCUUCAAAUGGCGGGAAACGAGUCAAGAUUGGGACAGCUGUGGGUAACAAGGUGUUCAAGGAGGAACAAUCGGCGAUUGUGGAAAAGAAGGCGAGAUAUGGCGCGGCGGAAGAUGCCCACUCGAUGGAGGCGUUGUCAAGUUGGACUGCUAGCGAAACUAUCAACCCUGAGGACUAUGCCUCCAAGGUUGAUGUGCUUAUCUGCACGCCUGGUCGUCUGGUGGAGCAUAUCAAGCAGACGCCGGGAUUUACACUGGACUACGUUCGUUGGUUAGUGGUCGAUGAAGCCGACAAGCUGCUGGCGCAGGACUUUCAGCAGUGGCUGAAUCUGGUAUUGGACAAGCUGAGCGUGGAACGAAGACCGUCACGGCGGGUGUUCCCAAAGUCCAACAAGAAGGGUGUGCGAAAGGUCAUACUGAGUGCCACCAUGACGCACGAUAUCAGCAUGUUGAAUCUGCUGAAGCUUUCAAGGCCGAAACUGGUUGUGCUGGAAGGCACCAAGGCUGGUGAUCAGUCAUUGCCGCCUCUGCUCAAGGAGUAUGCCAUCAAGGUCCGCGAGCCAAGUCUUAAGCCGCUGUACUUGGUCGACUUGCUUCAGAGCGAGCUUUUGGCCGCUGUGCCCCUGGUUGAGAAAGUUGCGGAGGAAGAGACAGCAUCUGCAUCUGAGAGCAGUGGCUCGGAUUCUUCUUCGGAAUCAGAUUCCUCUUCAGGCUCAGACUCAGACUCUGAUUCUGAGUCUGAUUCCGACUCUGGCUCUGACUCUGGUUCCGACUCUGGUUCCAGCUCUUCCGACUCUGAUUCAUCCUCGGAGUCUGAAGCUGAUGAGCCAAAACCAAAAGCCAAGGCACCGGCUACCAAGGGCAAAUUCGCCAGCUCUGCCCUCAUCUUCACCAAAUCCAACGAAGCCGCUCUCCGGCUUUCUCGCCUCUUGGCCAUUUUGGUACCUGGAUUGGCGCAUCUCAUUGGCACCCUUACCUCAACCACCAAAACCAUCCGUCGCACGCACACCUUACGAGCCUUCACGCAGGCCAAGCUCCGCAUUCUUGUCGCCUCCGACAUCGCUUCGCGUGGUCUCGAUCUACCAAACCUGGAGCACGUCAUCAACUACGACCUCCCCAUCAGCGAAACAGCCUACGUCCACCGCGUGGGUAGGACGGCCCGUGCUGGCAGGGCAGGUGCGGCUUGGACAUUGUUGGAGCAUUCCGAGGCUAGACGGUUCUGGAGGGAUUUUGCUGGUGAAGGAGAGGGGGCUUCUACGAAUAUCUUGCGCACCACGCCGGUUGAGAGGGUCCGUCUGGACAAAAAGGAGGAGAAGGGGGUUGGGGAGAAGGAGGAGGGUGCCAAGGUGGAGGAUUUCAGUGAGGAGAGGGUGCAGGCUUAUGAGAGGGCUUUGGCGCAGUUGCAGCAGGAGGCUACGUUUUCGAGGGGGAAGAAGGGGAAAAAGGAGGGGAGGUGA